AUCGUCAUUUCUGGUCUCAGUUCGCCUGCGGUCCUUACUGACGACGGCUUCACCAAUUUUGCUAACUCCAUUGGCUUCUCCAACGGAUGCCUGGGUAGCGAUGCCGGCUCUAUACAGAUGGCCAACCUCGGCGAUGGCAAUAACGACAACGUCCCGCUGCCACAAACCCUGUUGCUUCGCGAGGACUAUGGUGUACCGGAUGUUGGCUCCUGCCUCGAUAAUCUCCUCGGCGAUACACGUUUCAGGGUCUUCCGUCAGAACGGCACCGUUGCCCCCACCAAUGCUCUCUUCCUUGCUGUCGCCAUAGAGGACGGCAUUGCAGAAGGGGGCCGUACUAUCGCCUCCGACGGCUACGACCUAGGCCGUGACCAGGUGGUAUUAGCCGCUGUCGGUACGACUAGCUUCGCCGGUAUUACCUACCACACUACAGCUGUGACCUUACACAAGGUCACAACGAGUGGCAGUCAGGAUGUUAACCACAAUAUCUCCAUCGACGGCAACGCCGUACUUCUAACCAUCGAGAUUAUUGUCUGA